AUGUGUUAUAUAAAACUCCGUAUCCUUCCUACUAAUAAAAAGCAAUAAAGUAUUCGUGCGUGUGGGAAUUUUCGGGAAUGUCUAUAUCUCUUUCCUACUAAGAGAUGGCAACAAAUUAAUCUCGCUUUCAAAUUGAAAUUUCUGGCGCCUGACUUUUGUCUGGUUUAUUGAGUGCAGCUACCGAAUAACGCUGAGCACAUUUUGUGCUAGGACAAUUUAAAUAAUAGCAACAACAACAACAACGGAAUGGAAAAAAUGCUAGGCCACGCCGUUUGUCAAGCGUUGACAAUUUGACGCUGUGCAGAAGGGAAUCCUUGAAAAGAAAGUUCGGCUCACUCCAAACGCUUACAGGAAAUAAGCGAAUCGUGUGUGAAAGAGAGAGAAAGAGAUAGCAAUAGAACGCAGAGUUGUAACUCGCACACAUUGACAAAAGCUAACAGCUACGCACAACAAUGAGACACAUUUUAAGUCUGGCAACGCUGCUGCUGCUAACGGCCGUCGCCCGGGCGGACAGCUUACAGCACAUGACGGACAACGGAGGAGGCGGACACAUGGGUAUGGGAUCGCACUCGCACUCGAUGGACGUGAGUCCGGCGCCCGGCUACGGUGUGCCGGUCAUACCGAAGGAUCCGAACUCACGCUGCGAGGAAAUCACGACGCCCAUGUGCCGCGGCAUUGGCUACAAUAUGACAUCGUUCCCCAACGAAAUGAACCACGAGACGCAAGACGAGGCGGGCCUCGAGGUGCACCAAUUCUGGCCGCUGGUCGAGAUCAAAUGCUCACCGGACCUUAAGUUCUUCCUCUGCAGCAUGUACACGCCCAUCUGCCUGGAGGAAUACCACAAGCCUCUCCCAGUCUGCCGCAGCGUCUGUGAACGUGCCCGUUCCGGCUGUGCGCCCAUCAUGCAGCAGUACAGCUUCGAGUGGCCGGAGCGGAUGGCCUGCGAGCACUUGCCGCUGCAUGGCGAUCCCGAGAACCUGUGCAUGGAGCAGCCAUCUUAUACGGAAGCAGGCAGUGGAACCGGAGGCGGCGGCGGCAGUGGCAGCAGCGGUUCCGGCAGCGGAUCUGGCGGCAAGCGCAAGCAGGGCGGUGGAGCCGGUGGCUCGUCGGCGACAGCGAACAAGUGCAAGGGCAAGAAUUCAAAAAACUGCCAAAAUCCCCUAGGAGAAAAGGCAAACGGAAAGGAGUGCACGUGCUCGUGCCGCUCGCCGCUGAUCGUCCUGGGGAAGGAACAGCUCAUGCAACAGUCGCCCAUGCUGCACCAUCACUGGUACAUGAAUCUAACUGUGCAAAGGAUCGCCGGCGUACAAAACUGCGCCAUACCCUGCAAGGGUCCGUUCUUCACCAACGACGAAAAGGACUUCGCCGGCCUGUGGAUCGCCCUGUGGUCGGGCCUGUGCUUCUGCAGCACCCUCAUGACCCUAACCACAUUCAUCAUAGACACCGAAAGGUUUAAGUACCCGGAACGUCCCAUUGUCUUUCUGUCCGCCUGCUACUUCAUGGUCGCCGUCGGCUAUUUGUCCCGCAACUUCCUCCAGAACGAGGAGAUCGCCUGCGAUGGACGCCUGCUGCGGGAGAGCUCAACGGGUCCGCACUCGUGCACUCUGGUCUUUCUGCUCACCUACUUCUUUGGCAUGGCCUCGUCCAUUUGGUGGGUCAUCUUGAGCUUCACCUGGUUCCUGGCUGCCGGCCUCAAGUGGGGCAACGAAGCGAUCACCAAGCACUCGCAGUACUUCCAUUUGGCCGCCUGGCUAAUACCCACGGUGCAAUCGGUUGCCGUGCUGCUGCUCUCCGCCGUGGAUGGCGAUCCCAUUCUGGGCAUUUGCUAUGUGGGCAAUCUGAAUCCGGAUCAUCUGAAGACCUUUGUGCUGGCACCGCUGUUCGUUUACCUCGUCAUUGGCACCACCUUCCUCAUGGCCGGCUUUGUCUCGCUCUUCAGGAUUCGCUCGGUGAUCAAGCAACAGGGCGGCGUUGGCGCCGGCGUCAAGGCAGACAAACUGGAGAAGCUCAUGAUACGCAUCGGCAUCUUCUCGGUGCUGUACACCGUGCCGGCGACAAUUGUCAUCGGAUGUUAUCUGUACGAAGCAGCCUACUUCGAGGAUUGGAUCAAGGCCUUGGCUUGUCCCUGUGCACAGGUUAAAGGACCCGGCAAGAAGCCGCUCUAUUCCGUGCUAAUGCUCAAGUAUUUCAUGGCACUGGCCGUGGGCAUCACGUCGGGCGUAUGGAUCUGGUCGGGCAAGACCCUUGAGAGCUGGCGACGCUUCUGGCGGCGACUGUUCGGUGCGCCAGAUCGCACGGGCGCCAAUCAGGCACUGAUCAAACAAAGGCCGCCCAUUCCGCAUCCGUACGCGGGCUCCGGCAUGGGCAUGCCCGUUGGCUCGGCGGCGGGCUCUCUGCUGGCCACGCCCUACACACAGGCGGGCGGUGCCUCGGUGGCCUCCACGAGCCACCACCAUUUGCACCACCAUGUUCUCAAGCAGCCGGCGGCCAGCCAUGUAUGACAUGGAGAGUCGGGAGGAGCUUCAACCAUGGGUGGCGGCAGCGUGCUGGGUGGUCACGGCACACUGAUGAGCACGGCGGG